UGAAUCCAACAAUAUAUUCCACCGUUAUUAGUUGCCUCUAUUGCAACAACAGCAGAGAGACAAAUGACUCUUCCUUCCAUUAUGGUCUUCUUGCCAUUUCUUUUCCUUGGUCUUUCAUUCCUCUCACUUCUUCUACUUCUUACAAGAAAGAGGAAGGGAAAAACUGCAGCUCCCAAGCUCCCACCAGGCCCAGCCAAGCUUCCCAUAAUUGGAAACCUGCACCAAUUGGGGAAGCACACCCACCACUCCCUCUGGCAACUAUCUCAACAACAUGGCCCCCUCAUGUAUCUGAAACUUGGUAGAAUACCCACCCUUGUGGUGUCAUCCCCCUCGAUGGCCAGGGAGAUCUUAAAGACCCAUGACCAUGAGUGCUGCAGCCGACCGCCGCUCGUCCCCACUACAAAGCUCUCUUAUGGUUGCUUGGAUGUUGCCUUUGCACCGUAUGGAGACCGAUGGAGAGAGCUUCGAAAGGUUUGCAUCAUCGAACUCUUUAGCAAAAAGAAGGUGCUCUCGUUUCGACCGAUAAGAGAGGAGGAGAUCGAGCGAACUAUGAAGAUGAUAUCUUCUUGUUCUAACAAUUUAACCCCCAUCGAUCUGAGCAAGUUGUUAUUCUCCCUUUCGGGCAGUAUUGUAUGUCGAACAGCUUUCGGCAGAUGCUACCGUGGUGGAGAAGGGAGUCAAUUUCACAAAAUCCUUAAAGAAGCCCAAGCAAUGUUAGGUGGCUUCUUUGUUGCCAACUACCUACCAAUUUUCGGAUGGGUCGACAAGCUUACAGGAAUGCAAACGAGGCUUGAGAAAAUUUUUCUCGAGCUCGAUGAUUUCUACCAACAACUCAUUGAUGAGCAUAUCGAUCCAUCGAGGCUGCAAUAUGAUCAAGAUGAAGAUACCAUCGAUGCUUUGCUCCGCAUCCAAAAGGAUGCAAAUUAUAUAACUCAAGAGCACAUCAAAGGAGUACUUAUGAAUAUCUUCAUAGCCGGAACAGACACAUCCUCUUCCACGGUAGACUGGGCUAUGGCGGAGCUCAUGCGACACCCACGAGUGAUGAAGAAGGCACAAGAUGAAGUGAGAGGUAUUGUGGGAAGGAAAGGAAGGGUGGAGGAGAGUGAUCUCCAUCAGCUUCACUACAUCAAGUCUGUUGUGAAGGAGGUGAUGAGACUGCAUCCUGCAGCUCCAUUACUUGUGCCAAGAGAGACGAUGAGGCAUUUUAUGAUCAAUGGUUAUGACAUUCCACCCCAAACAACGGUGAUCAUCAACGCAUGGGCGAUCGGUAGACACACAAAUACUUGGCAUAUGCCUCAUGAAUUCUAUCCUGAGAGGUUCAUGGACAGCUCUGUUGAGCAGCUCGAGGGACAUGGUUUCGAGCUUAUACCGUUCGGAGAAGGCCGAAGGAUUUGCCCUGCAAAGCAUCUUGCAUUACUUCUUGUGGAGCUUGUGCUUGCAAACCUUCUGUACUGUUUCGACUGGGAAUUACCUGGAGGCAUGAGGACAGAGGAGAUAGACAUGGAUGAAGCGACUGGUAUUACUGUCCAUAGGAAAUCAUCUCUGUGUCUUGUGGCCAAGAGAUAUAAUGAGAUGGAUUGCUGAGGUGUUUGUGGUCUUAAAUUUAUCAGGUCUAUUCAACAAUGCUUUGUUUCAAAUCUAGGUGGGCAGAGUCAUCAGACCUCUCUGUCUCUGAACAACUACAACUCUGUUGGCCGAGUAAAUUUGAAGAGAAGUUUGGAGAAAUCAAUGUUUUAUCCUUGCUAGAAAUAACUUGGGAUGAUGUAUUUGACAGUAGAAAUUGCAGUCAAUGCCUUUGGGCUCGUUUCC